CCUACUUUUCGUUUUUUUUUCUCUCCCCUUCCCGUCCGCUCCCCUCCCGCUUCUUAGUUUCUCGAUGAUGUGCGGCUCUACACUCUGACCGAUUCUUCUGAGAAGCUUCCGUGUCGUCGUGCUCCAGGUGCCCCACUUGCACACCGUCGUCAAUCGGAAAACAAACGUGCUUUGUUCGAUAUAUUCGGAUAAGACGCGGGGCGUGCUCGAACUGGGCAGACCGAUAAUCCAGAUCGGCUCAGCGUUAGAACGUUCCCUUUUUUUUUCUUGCUUAUUUUCAGUUUUCACGCCUUGCUUUGUUUUUUGAAAGGAAGACCCGGGUUCGAACCCAUCACUUGUUUGGUAGAACGAAAGAAAGCAGAGCAAAAGAUUUGAAAGACGAGGGAACAAGGCACGAACCUCCCCUUCGUCGACGCCUCUGCACCUCCCGUCCUGGUCACGUUUUUCAGCUGGAUCAUUGGCAGCGAUGGUGAUGGGGAAGCCAAAGGCGCUGCUACUCGGCGAGAUUGAGCACGCGAAAGAUUCAUGGACGGCCUUGUCGAAGCUCGCCGACUUGGUGGAGCCCGAAGCCAAAACCCGCGACGAGUUUCUGGACGAGUGCAGGAGCGGCAAGUUUGACGGCGUGCUGGUCGUGUAUCGGACGUUCAAUAGCUAUGAUAUAACUGGACGGUUUGACGAGGAGCUGGUACCGUUGCUACCGGACAGCGUGAAAUUUAUAUGCCACAACGGUGCUGGCUACGACCAGAUUGAUGUUGCCGAGUGCACGAAAAGGGGCAUUCGAGUGUCGAAUGUGCCGAAGAUUGUGGACGACUGCACUGCGGACACCAACAUCUUCCUCAUCCUUGGGGCACUGAGGGGCUUCAACUCGUCGAUGCAAGCAUUACGGGAUGGCAAAUGGAGAGGGCAUCCACCUCCACCGCUAGGGCAUGAUCCGGAAGGCAAGGUGCUUGGUAUAUUAGGUAUGGGAGGCAUAGGGCGAAAUCUCAAGAGGAAGGCAGAGGCUUUCGGGAUGAAGGUGCAGUACCACAACCGGUCGAAGCUGAGCGAGGAGAUGUCGGGAGGUGCAAAGUACGUUAGUUUCGACGAGCUCCUCAGCACCAGCGACGUGCUGAGUCUGAACUUGCCACUCAAUGUGAGUCGAGCACAUUUAUACGUUUCGUUUUUAAAAUCACCCCUCCUCUCCCACCCCCCCGCAAGCAUGAGUAUCUCUCUUAACUAGGGCAAACAUGAACAGCAACACACUCGACAUAUCAUCUCGACCAAGGAAUUUGAGAAAAUGAAAACGGGCGUGGUCAUCGUCAACACGGCCCGUGGUGCCGUGAUAGAUGAGACAGCCCUUGUCAAGGCGCUGGACAGCGGUAAAGUCUGGUCUUGCGGCCUCGACGUGUACGAGGCGGAACCGAAGAUUGAACCGGGGCUUGUCGCAAAUCCUCAUGUUAUGCUUUUGCCGCAUAUGGGAACCUGGACGGUCGAGACCCAGACCGCCAUGGAAGAAUGGAACAUUGGCAACGUUCGUGCGGUGCUCGAGAAAGGCAGGCUCAACAACAUCGUGCCUGAGCAGAUGGACAUGCUGUGAGGAGGGCAAACCGGGAUUACAGGUAAGAAAAGGCAAAUGACAAUAAAACAAGACGAUCCAAGUUGAGCAAAAAUUUGGGAGGGGGAAUCCAAAAGGAAAACUGGCACAGGCACGGCGCAGCAGGACCGACGAAAAUGGUUGGCAAUGGCAAGAAUUUUUUUUAUUUCUCUUGCAUGGACACUGGUGGUUAGCUGCGACGCUUCGAAGCCUGUUGCAUGGCGUUGUUUUUUUAUUUUUCUCUAUUUGCUCAUUUUCCCCUGGCGUUUUGAGGUGUGGCGUUUUGGGCUGAGAGUUCUUUGGGCAUUAGACAGAUAGAGGAUCCGGGCGAGAACAGACGACUGCGGGAAGGAUACAAGCGGCAAAAGGCCUGACCCGGAUGUCCAGGCAGGUAGAGAGCGAUCUGUCUCGCCUGUUUCUUUUCAUCAUUUACCUAUUUUCUUGCGGCUCAGUGAGACAAGGAUGGCGCAGACGUAGACGAUGAUACAGACGGCGAUGAUCAAAGACAAUUGCGAAGUGCAGGAUUUUCGACAAGAGGGUAUGACGUAGAAUCAAAGCGGGUAGUGCAACGAUGGCCUCU